AAACCGACAAUACAUUCAGUUUGUGAGUGGACGAAAUACGAUCGAGACGAUCAGCGAGAUCAAGUGAAAACUAUUUAGAAAUCGAACAGCCGUCGAGCAAACGGAAGCAGACGACAAAAAAACGCCGCAGUGCUCGCUUGCUUGCUUGCUAGUCGCUAGAUUGCGCGGUUAUGUAAGCGUUUGACAUUGUUUCGCCAAUUUGGCUGCCAAAAUAAAUCCAAUUGUGCCGUUUAAGUUUGCCUAAAAUAACUAAAUUAAUAUUGAAAUUAGUUGGUGAAAAGAAGUGCUGUAAUUUUGAAGUGAAAGAAACGCGUGCGUCUUAAGCACAGAAAAUUUUCAAAAAUAACACAGAGCAGCACCUCCCUGGGCUGGCUGUUUGGCUACUUGGCUGACGCGGCUGGCUGGCUGACUAACUUAACUUGCACAUCUUGUUCAUAUUUUGGGAAUUAGUGUGGCAAAUAAACACACACAAGCACACAUAAACAGACACAAAAAAAUUAAAAAUAAAAGAAUUAAAAAAUAAAAUAAAAACAUACAAACAAAUACACAUACAACCUUAUACGCGCAUCGCCUUGUCAACGUAUUGCUGUGUCUUUUUUGAUUAAUUAGUGUGUGUGUGUGAGUAAGUGUUUUGGUGCGCCUUGCUUGAUUAAAACAUUAAAACACGACAAUUACCAACCAUAAAUUGCAUUUUGGCGAGGAAGCAAAUAAAUUUUAGUUAAGGAAGUAGCAGCCCACAUUUAGCGGACAAUUUGACUCGACUUGAUAGAAAUAUGGCGACGCAUUCGAACGCGAACACGCUCUCAACCAAACUAAAUCGUAAUGUGUUGACUAUGCCAAAAUGGGUGACGGAAACCCAUGAUCGCAUCGGUCCGAAACCACCACCGCCACCAUCACCAUCGACGCCGGAUAGUGCGCUUAAAGUGCCUGUAUUGCCACCGAAAACGAAAAAUCUACCCGAGCCCGAUUAUGAAGUCAUCGAGUUCUCUGGCCAGCAAUACUCGAAUGAGGUUCUCAAAGCGGGCAGUCGUUCGAAAACGCCAAGUACACCAGAUGCAAAGCUUAAAUGCACGCUCUGCGGUUCCCACAAUCCCUGGGUCACAUGUGAGGAGUGCGCACAGCAAAUAUUUUGCGCCUCAUGUGAUGAUAUGUUUCACAAGCAUCCCAAGAGGCGCACGCACGUGCGAAAGGCCAUUGAACAGAACCGUCCACCGUUACCGCCGAAAAUUUUACCCGGACAAAAUGGACCAACACCACCGGUGGCGCCACCAAGACGCAAGGCACGCGGAUUUACACCACUUCUGCCGCGCAAGGAACAGGUCAAUACGAAUACGCUGCCAAUACCGCCCUCGCCGACACCCUCAUUAAGGAGCACAUCCUGGCAGGAUCGCGUUAGUUCGCUCAAAAGUGGACUGAAUCUGAUGAAUCGUCCCUUACCCGAUACACCGAAGACACCGAACAGCGAACACACCUCGUCACGUUCGGUCACACCGAAAUCGGUGUUCGACAGCAUACAACGACCGCCAUCCGUUACAUUGGAGAAGAUCAAGAGUAAGGCUAGCGCCACAUUGGAUCGCAUGACAUUGCUGCAGCAACGUUAUCGUCAACACAAAGAGGAGAGUCUCAAAGGCAACACAGAUCACAGCGGUUCUGUAACAGAUCAGAACCUCUCAUUUGAUCAAUGGUCAACCAUCUCACCGUCGCCAUCACAUUUUCGCUCAGGCAGCAUGUCGUCCGGGAUCAAUUCAUCUCAUUUUGACCUCACGGAUGAUACACAUUUUCACAAUAUGUUUAAUCAACGGCAGAUGCAUACAUCCGCGGCACAUCAGCCACGCGCCAACGGUCAAAUGGGCACACGUGGCAUGAGCACGUCCGUCUUCAAUUUGAAUCACAUAAAUCGUCGCGCACCAGAGCCGCAGAAUGCGUGGAUGAACAAUCCGAUGCAGCAGGCUCAAUCCAUGGCUCAUCUGAAUUGCGCAACUUGUGUCAACCCACAAAGUAACGCCUGGCACGCCCAACCACAACGCAUGCCACAUAUUCAUUCACAGGGCGGUGAAUGGAAUAAUCAAUUUAGCUCACAACAACAAUUGAAUCGUUCGAACUUAUCACUUAACGUUGGCGCCGGCUAUAUGCUGCCACAUCACCAUGGCGCUGGUGGCAUGAUGGCACCACCACCAGUCUUCAUGAACCAAACAGGCAUGAUGGCGGGCAUGUAUCCAUAUCCCUACAAUGCGGGUAUGCCUGUUAUGAAUCCAGGUCUCAUGGGCAUGCCACCGCCUACACGUUCACGCGCCACCUCACGUGCCGGCUCACGCGCCGCUUCGCCAGCGAUGAGUCGCAAAUCCAUGCCGGUGCGACGAAAACAACGCACCACCAGUUAUGUUGAGGACGAACUGACCGACGAUGAGGACUCCGAUCAAGAUGAUCGCCGCUCGAUUGUCUCGAAUCGUUCUGGCAUGACGAAUACGCUACGCGCACGUCAACGACGUAUGUCGAGCGCUUCACAGCUGUUGGAUGAUGAAAGCGAAACAAAUCCACGACAAACACGCGCGAAGCUACGUGAUGCGCGUGAUCGUCGCGGUUCUAUUGCUAAAUCAGUGCAGAGUGAUUGGUUGCCUAGUCGACGAACAACUGUGUCGCAAAGUAACAGCGGCAGUCGACAGAAUGAACCGGGUUUUAUUAAUACACUCAAGCCGACGCGCAUUUAUUCAGACUUGGACUCCGAGUCAUCGGGCACACGUGCAUUGGUACAAGCUAAAAUACAAGAGAAACUGGAUAAUGGUACAAAGCGUAGCAGUUCCAAGGAGAAAGUAGCGGAGGCUGCGCGUCAAAAACCGACUAAAGUUUCUACAGAAGUGCAAGCAGGCGGUAGUCGAACAAUUACUAAAACGACCACAGCAACUGAAACAAAAACUGUCGAAAGACAUGCCCCCACCGAAAAAGCUGGCCAAAAUGAAGCCGCAGAGACUGAAGAAGAAGAGGAGGAGGAAGAAGAAGAAGAGGAGAGCGGUAGUGAAGAGACUGAAAGUGAUCAGGAAGAAGUGGUUGCGGAAGAACACGCUACUGUGGGUGGCACGCAGCUAGAGGAGGAUAAUACGCCACAACUUGCGACUACCGAGGAAACUAACGAGGAUGACUUAGGUCCACCACCCUCGACACCAGAUCAUGAAUGGGAGUGUGAAUUCUGCACAUAUGUUAACGAACCGAAUGUGAAAAUCUGCUUGAUCUGCUGUAAAACACCUUGCAAUGUGCCGCGCAAAACCUCAACUACAGCGCCACCCACAGAGCCACCGAUAAUUGUAGAACAACCAAUAAGAGUUAACGAAUCGAUUAGUCCCGAAAGACCUACCGUACACAAAGAGAGGCGAACCAGUAGCACAGAACGAACGAAAGACAAACCGAAAGACAAAGUUAAAGAGAAAACAAAAGACAAAGUAAACAGUACAACCACCAGCACCAGCACAUCAACGGGAACGACAACAACCGCGCCAAAACGAAAAACUGGCGUCACACAAAGCAUCAUAAGUAAUCUGACGAAUGGCAUAUCCAAGCUAAAGAUCACUUCAUCCGAGAAUGAAUCGGAUAACUCAACGCUGGCGAAGAAGAAAGAAACCGUUGAAGAUGUUUGGGCUGCCUUAGAUGAUAACAUACAGACUACAGCUAAUGAGAUAAUGCGUAAAGCUGAAAAGUCUAAGCAAAGCAACAAAGUCUCCACUAGUUGCGGCACUUCACCCAUACGGGAAGUGACGAAAACUAAGGAAGUUUCAAAGCUACAGCGUAAUGUCAAAGAAACCGGCACUUCACCACCGCCGCAAAGUAUUUCGACUCAAACCUACGAUACACUACCUAUAAGACAACGUGAACCAAGUGUAACCGAAACUGUGUCCACAGGAAGUCCCGGUAUUUUUUACAACGAAAAUACACAGCUACAUCGUGAAGUUCCCUCACCACUGAGUGUUUUCUCAGCAGACACACCGCACUACGAGCCAAGACACAAAGAACCCGAAACUGAGCUCUAUAUUUUAUUGAAGGAAGCCGAGCUCUAUAAAUUCACACCCGAGGAAUUGCAUGCGGCGCUCAAGUACUGCGGUCCUUCAGUACACCCAGUACAGUGGUUACGUGAAAACUGGCAUAAACUCAUACAGACAGUGCAAAGUUUGUCGACAAAAUAUGGGCAAGAACGUGUAGAGAAUAUUAUUGGGACAGUAUCACAGGGUGAGGCAAGAGAUGCGCUACGUCAACAUGGUGGCAACAUAUGGCAAGCGGUAUCGGAAUGUAUCGAACAGCGUCAACGGAAAUACCGUGACAUCUCACGUAAAGGAAAUUACUCACGUGAAGAUAUCGUGACUGCGCUGACUAUACAUCAAGGUAAUGCGGAUCUGGCGCUUUUGGACUUGGGACGCACACAGUUGAAGCCAUUCUUAAUGCGUAUACGUGGCUCGCCAGCCGGUGUUGAGAAUGAGAGUGGUGCAAAUUUUUUUGGCAACAACUCAACGGAGCACACAAUACAACCAGAAAUUCAUGAUUUCCUCAGCGCAAACGCUUCGGAAUGCUAUCAAACACCAAAUGCAGCUGGUGCCGCUUUCAUAACCGAUCAUCUCACGCAGUCACCCGAAUCAUCUACUAACGAAUUUCGUAAUAACACGUACGAUAGCAUUUACCGUCAUAGUCCUUAUAGUAGAGAGGCAUCAUCAAGCAGAUAUCAUCUAGAUGAUCCCGCAUUUAAUAAUCAAAACAUGCUAAAAGAUCUCGAAACCCUUAUUGGUAAUAUCGAACAAAAUCAAGCGAAGCAAAGUGAACCGAUGCUCAAAACAAUGGAAUCGUUGUUGGCCAAUAGUUUAGGAAAGAGUGAAAUGGAUAAUGAGAAUGAUCCCGAAAUGAUGCGUAUACUAAUGAAAAGUCCAAUAACUAAUUUGCAUAACAAGCGUUUGCCUACCGAUUCAAACAACAGAACUGAAAGUCAAUUGGAUGUGAAGAAUUUUGUUUGGCAGCAUAUACAAGAAAUUGUACCGAACUUGGUGCAACAAGUGGAGUUGGAGCUCAUGGAAGAGGAUGCAAUGGAAACCAGUGCAAUUAAGGAAACACCAUUAGAGCCAAAGGCAGCACCACCAGAGCCGCCACCAAUCAAUGCUGAAGAGUUUAUAUUGGAGGAAGUGAUUGGACCCAAUAUAAAAGAGGCAUCCAUACGUGAGUUGGUGCCGCCUGAGUUCAUAUAUGCGGCCGAAAUUGCAACGUUCCGUAUGGAAUUCGAUCGUGCGUUGGAUAGAGAACAUGAGGAUGAAUUCGAGUUCGACAGCUUAGAGGAUGCGGAAAGAAGUAUAUAUAAAAUGUAUCCAGCACCAGAGGAAGAAAAGGUAACUGUCGCAAGUGAAGGUGUACCAGAAAAUGUUGAGACAGAAACAGAGCCCGACAUACACACUUCGGACAGCAUAGUAGAAGAUGAGAGUCUUACGCAGGUAGUAAAUGAAUUAGCAACAGCUAUCGAAAGUAUAAAAGUAGAUCAGCAAAGAACGGUAAAUGAGACACAAGCAACAACUCAAAUUGAAAACACGAAAACCAGUGAAGCAACAGAACUUAAUGUUCCUCAACCCAGUACAGUUGUAACUGAAGAAGUAGCUCAUGAAGCCAUUGAGUUACACAAUGAAUCCAAAGUUAUAGCAAUCGAAGAAACUUCCACAACUCAAGCGGUCAGCGAAUACGCUGAGUUACCAACGGCGAUCACAAAUAUUACCCCAACCGAAACGCAGUCUAUAACAACCACGUUAUUAAUACAAAACACGCUUAUAGAAGAAGUCGGCAGCAAUAGUACCGAAGUAUCUUCUACUGUCGUAUUAGAGACACCUGCGCUUCAAAAAACCGAAUCACCAGUUAUCACAAACUCUGCUGAAACUACAAAACUUAGAAGAAAUGAAAAAAUGCAGAAACGUCAAAGAAAGAGUCAAGUACCAAAGAAUACUAAUGACACUGAAACGAAAGCAGUAAUUCGAAGAAAUGCUAGUAUGGACCGAAAGGAAAGAAAAAACGCAAGUACGCAGCAAGAAACUCAAAACCAAGAAAUAAAAGGUGAGAGAUUAAAAAAUAACGACGGAACUAUUUCCUCCACUCAAACUCCUGAUUCAGCUGAAGAUCAACAGGCAGAUAAAUCACAUACCACUAAUAACAGUGAAGCAAACCAGCCGGUUUUAAGCACCAAAGAACGUCAACCGAGGGUGUCGAGAAUUCCUGUACGUCGUAGCGCAAGUCGGCUUUCUGGUGAGCAAAGAAUAAAACUCCCUAGUCAACUAACUAUUGUUCAAGCUAGUAACAAACUAACAACUGAGAAUGAUGUCCAAGCAACUAACACUGAUCGAGUUACAUUAGAACAAGACGCCAUUUUAAAUCCAUCAAGUGGAGAAGAAGUAGGAAUUGAAAUUCCUACAGGGAUAGAAAAUGAAAGGGACAAUAAUAAAGAAAUUUUACCAGAAAAUACUGAGGAAAGUCCUAAUCAUACGAGCGAAGUCGGAAGAGAACAGUCCUCAGAAGAAAUAACUGAAACUGUUACACAGGAAGGAACCAGUUCUAUGGAAGAGGGUGCUCAACCGCAAAUGGAAGCAGUUAAUGCUGAGGAUACAGUUUUGACACAAAAUUUCACUGCACCUAUUCUAGUAGAUGAGAGUUUAAACCAACAAAUUUCUACAGAAAUGCCAGGAACAAGUUUACAACCAGAUAGUGCCAAAGCAGACACUGAAACCGAGCCAGAAGGUCACAAUACAGAUGCCACUGAAGAACUGUUUGCACAAGAGACUACUACCACACAGUUGGAUGCUACUACUGAAGAACCUCUCAACCCAACAGACAGUAACUCGCUUCCGAUGGUAAUGUCUGAAACAGAGAUACGGUCUCAAGAAGUUCAAAACCAAAGUAAAGAAGAUCCACCUAUGCUGGUGACAGCUGAUGAGACGAAACAGGCAGAAAUCAUUUCCGAAGAAAGAAUUCAACAGAUUGAAGAAGAAGCAAUUACGCAAAUAACAGUUAUUGAAACUGGACAAGUCGAAGUUAGCGCUGAAGAAUUGGCACCGGUUGAAGAAAACACGCAAGCAGAAAUCCAAGAACACAUCAAUCCAACGGUGACAGAAACUCCCACACCUAGUCACGGCGAGACGGUGAAUCAAUUAAAAUCUGCUGAAGAAUCAACUGCCCAAAUAGCUUCAGAAACGACGACUCAUGAAGACACAACAAUAAGGCCAAACGAGGAAGAAUCUAGCAAUCAAUUGACUACAAGAGAAAGUACUCAAACUGAAAGCAACACAGAAGUGCACAGCAAUGAAUCACCAACAAACGAAGUAUUUCAAGAUGCAGCAGAGCUUUCAGCGGAUGAAGACGUCGAUAACAACACUACGAGCAGACCGGCUUCUAAACUCGAAAGCCAUGAUGGCAAUGAAACAUCUGAUGCUGAGCUAUAUAGCGUUGAAAGUGAAUUUUCUAGUCAUGGACAACCACGUUCUGUGACUUCUGAAGCUGAUGUGUUACUUGUGGUUGACAAUGUAACAGCGAUGUCUUUACAACAAUCCACAAGCGAUACUGCGAUAGAAGCCAAUCUUAGUAGAUCAUCAAGGCAAACUGCAACUCUGGAGUUUGUGCUUUCUCCAGAUGCCUCAAAACAAAAUCUCUCCGAACUCGUUGAGGAUACACAACGGCUGAUUAAGCAAAUGAAAGACGAAAUAAAUAUAGAAGAUUUCGAAUCUUCCGAGGAAGAGUACACCGACGAAUAUACAGAUGAAGAUGAAUAUGAUGAUGAAGACUGGGAGGGCUCGCUGGAGGAAGAAGACACAGAAUAUGAUGAAGAUGAGCUAACUGAAGAUGAUAUAGACGAUGAAGAUUAUUUUAAUGAAGAAGAUGAGGAAGGUUUAAGCGCUGAAGAUGAAGACGGUAUAGUUAAAGAAGUCAUAAACGCUGAGGAAACUGUAACCGCAAUUACAGCUGAGAUACCAACAGUGACUGCUGGAGAUGAGCAUGAAACGGAACAUGAAAAUGAAAAUAAUAGUGCCACCAAUAUCAAUAUUGAAAACACUAUCAUUCCCCCAUCAACUCAUACCGAAAUCAUUAUAACCGUCGAUACCCCAAACUCAAACGUUAUCGAUACAAAUCAUGAAGUUGCCAACAAUGCUUUAUUGACCCAGCUUGAAAAUGAAAUUCUGCCUGAUUCUAAUGCUAAUGCUAACCCAAUAGAGACUUCAACUAACGAAAUCGAAACAGAGAAUCAAACCCCCGAGUUGCCUGUAGAAGCAGUGCUAGUAAGUGAAAAGAGUUCAACAGUAACAUUACAAAGCUCAAAUAAUGAUGAUGAGGUUGAUACUAUUGCGUCGACUGAGGUGGAAGUUCACAGCGAGGAGCAAAUUGAAGCGACACCAGUUCAAGACCAAGUCACUGAAGUGCAAAACACAGGUGUGGAGACUAACACAGUGGACAAUGCUGCCGAAAACAAAAAGAUUUCAAAAAAUUCAGAAGAACCCAGCACAAGUAAAAUUUUCGAACCUAAGCCCGCUUCCAGCACUAAAACCGGCGCUGUCAGCAAGAUACCACAAAUUAGAAACGAUCCCAACGAAGCAUCUACUUCGAAAGCAGCACGAAACGCUUUGAGCAAUGCACGAAACGAUAAACCAACCACACAACAAAAAAAUAGUGUCUCGGCUUUUAAAACUGCAACUGAUAAGCCCAAACCGAUGGAAAGUAAAAUACCAAAACAAACAGCCAAGAAGGUACCCUUACGCUCGAAAUCCUUUUCGGGACCACCCGGUCCUAUUGGCAUUUCUUCGGUUAAAACCAUACAACAGGAAUUUCUCAAUCGACAGAAACAAUUAACAACACGGCUUGAGCCACCCAAAAAUCCACCAAAUAUAGUACGUAAGAAGUCAAUAACCGAAGCUAUUACUAAAUUUACGCCCAGCAUUUCAGCGGGUGCCAGUAGUUCGGCGGUAACCAGUAUUUUCCGCACCCAUCCACGUAUACCUAAGAAGAAAUAUCACGAGACAUGCUUUUCAGAUGAUGACUUUGAGACGACGUCAAGCGAAGAGGAACUCGAACCGCUGGAGAUACGCCAACGUAAGCAGAGUGUGCCCGUUUUUCGUGCGUAUCCCAGCGUACAGGAACCAGAAAUUGUGCCGCCAGAGGUGCUCGUGCGUAAAUUCAUCGACGAGAAACUUGUGACAAAUAUCGCUGAAGCGCAAAUAGCAGCCACUUUGGUCAACAUGAGAUUCCAACAAGAUGUUUCACUAUGGGCAGCCAAGGAAUGUAGCGAUCUGGAUCAAGCCAUCUCUAUGCUGCAGCAAGAGUGUGAACUCUGCAUGGGCACAUAUCCGAUGAAUCAAAUUGUCUCGAUGCUCAAGUGUACACAUAAAUGUUGCAAGCAAUGCGCCAAAACUUAUUUCACAGUGCAGAUUACCGAUCGCAGCAUCAAUGACUGCACUUGCCCAUUCUGUAAGCUGCCCGAAUUACAUGGUCACAAUGAGCAUGUGGAUGAAAAUUUAGAGUACUUCUCGAAUUUGGAUAUAUUUCUGAAGAGCAUUUUGGAUGAAGAAGUGCAUGAGUUGUUCCAGCGGAAACUGCGGGAUCGCACACUGUUGCAAGAUCCGAAUUUCAAGUGGUGCAUACAGUGCUCAUCGGGUUUCUUCGCGCGACCCAAACAGAAGCGACUCAUUUGCCCAGAUUGUGGGUCCGUGACGUGUGCGCACUGUAGAAAGACGUGGGAAAAGCAACACGAGGGUAUUUCGUGCGAACAAUUUAAAGAAUGGAAGGAAGCUAACGAUCCGGAAGUGCAGGCACAAGGUGUUCAAGAGCAUUUGGCAACAAAUGGCAUUGAUUGUCCGAAGUGUAAAUUCAGAUACUCGCUAGCCAGAGGUGGCUGCAUGCAUUUCACCUGCACCCAGUGCAAAUUUGAGUUCUGCUAUGGUUGUUGCAAACCAUUUAUGAUGGGCGCCAAGUGCACAGUAUCCUCAUAUUGCGCCAAAUUGGGUUUGCAUGCACAUCAUCCGCGGAAUUGUCUUUUCUAUUUGCGCGAUAAAUUACCCAUACAGCUGCAAAUGUUACUCAAACAAAAUAAAAUACCAUUCGAUGAAGAUCCUGUAGAGUUGCCUGGCAAUCACGACGAGGAUGCUUCAACGUCUACACCGAAAGUGCUGCGUUGUCCAAUACCAUUGCAGAAAGAGACUCCGACCGGUUUGGUAGACACUGUAUGUAAUGGCGAAGUGCCAGAUAGACAUGCUGGAUUGUGUCGCACACAUUACGUCGAGUAUUUGACCGCUAAAGUGGCUAAAGCGCGCAUUGAUCCACUGCCCAUAUUCGAUCUAACCGAUUGUGUGCAAGAGUUACGACGACGAGAUAUACGACUGCCCGAACGUGGUCCAUGGGAUACAGAUGAGAUAUAUAAGGGAAUGUGUUCUGAGGUUAUAAAGAAAAAUAUUCCGCUGGAAACGACAUGAGACCGCGAGCCACAAGUUGCUUGGACCAAUCCACCAGAUACCCAACCAUGUGUGAGCCAACACAUGAACGAGUUAUUUACCAGCGAACGAAUGUUGUGGGCUGCAAAUAUUUGAGAAGUAGAAGAGGAGGAAGAAAAAUCGAAAUGAAAAAAUAAUAUCUUUAAUGCAUUAUUUUUCAAUAAUCAUUUUUAUUUAUUUCCUCUUGUUCAUUGUCCAGUGUACUAUGUUUAUAACCGUCGCAGUCCAUUGUAUUUCUUUUAUCCACUAUACUAAUCUAUAUAACUACGAGUAAAUGUUCAAUUUAUAUUUUCUAAAGCUUAACUAGUGAAUAAAAU